GUUUAAUUUACCACAACCCUCUUCUUCAGUCAAAUAAACUCCUCCCUCCGCUGACCUAUAGAGCUACUCACCACAACUCAGACACAAGAACAUGGCCGAUUCAGAGGCAUCCAAACCGGCUCCCAGCAAUGGGCCGCCGAAAGAUGCCCAGGAUCCCAUCAACCGUCGCGAAAGCUUCAGCUCCCAGAACUCGCAGACUGCCAGACAAUUCAUCGAGUCUCAAAUUCGCCUCGAAGCUGAUGCGCGCGAGAUCCUUCCCUACUCCUUCGAUACCUGCACCAAAGCUCUAGGUCCCCUCCGACAAUCCCUCUUCGCCUGCCUCACCUGUAACCCCCCUCCUACCGCAUCCUCCGACGAGAAUGCAUCAUACACACCAGCCGCCGUAUGCUAUUCCUGCUCCAUCGCCUGCCACGGGGAACACAACCUCGUCGAGCUAUUCAGCAAGCGCAACUUUGUCUGCGACUGCGGGACAACCCGGAUGCCAUCGAGCUCGCCCUGCACGCUGCGCAAUGACCCGCACACCGGCGCGAAAGGCGUCCACUCCGAGGAACCUCACCCGGGCAACAAAUACAACCACAACUUCCAGAAUAGGUUCUGCGGCUGCGACGAGGACUAUGACCCCAAUCAGGAGCGGGGAACGAUGUUCCAGUGCUUGGGUGUGGGGACUGUCGAGACAGGCGGCUGCGGCGAGGACUGGUGGCAUCCAGAGUGCCUGAUCGGGCUUUCGCGCGACUGGUACAAGAACGCAAAGCAGCAGGAAAAAGAGAAGCAGAAGGAACUGAAAGCUGAAGAUGCGGUAGCAGCGGAGAAUGGUGACGACAACGACAACAACAACAACAACAACAACAACAACAACAACAACAACAACAACAACAACAACAACAACAACAACAACAACAACAACAACAAAAGCGACGAAGUUGAUGAUGACGACGACGAGGAGACGCCCCUCCCACCCGGGUUCCCCGAAGAAGCUGACUUCGACAUGUUCAUCUGCUACAAAUGCGUUGACUCGAAUCCGUGGUUGAAGCGCUACGCGGGGACAACCGGCUUCCUUCCCCCCGUCUUCAAAGAAGGUGGACUGGCCAAACCAAUCGCAUCCGAAGCCAAAUCCGCCGAAGCGACAGACAAAGAACCGACGACUGCAGAACCAAUCAACCCCGUCACCACCAGCGCGCAAUCUGAGCCUACCCUCAACUCCAAGAAACGCAAAGCCGACGACGACGACGACGUUGAACCACAACCCACAGCCGAGCCCGCCGCAAAGCGCAUCAAGGACGAGGAGACGUCCGAAUCCACCGGCACCAAUACCGACACCGUCACAGCACCAACCACCACCACCAACACCGCUUCACCAUCUUCCUCUUCCCAACCCCAACCCGACCAACCUAACGCCCCCAAACACACCACCCUCCCCACUAUCCCGCCCCCCCAGACCUUCUCCCUCUUCCUCACCGAAACCUUCCGCGAUCAUUUCUGCCGCUGCCCAGACUGCUACCCGCACACCCUCGCCGCGCACCCGCAACUCCGCGAGGAGGAGGAGGCCUACGAGCCGCCCGUGUCGGAGGACGGGGACCACCAGCACGGCGACGGCGCCCGCAGCACGGGCACGGGCAGCCUGCUCGACCGCGGCGAGGCGGCGCUCAGCAACAUCGACCGCGUGCGCGCCAUCGAGGGCGCCAUGGUCUACAACCACCUCCGCGACCGGGUCAAGGAGUUCCUGAAGCCCUUCGCCGAGAGCGGCACCGCCGUCUCCGCCGAGGACAUCAAGGCCUACUUCGAGAAGCUGCGCGGCGAUGACCAGCAUAUCCGGGAGGCCGCCGCCGCGGGCCAGGCUUCUUCCGGUGGUGGUGAUACCGGCGGUGGCGGUGGUGGGAACGAUGGGGAUAGUCGGAGGGAGCAGAAUGGUUACUGAGUUUACUCUUGGUAUCUACUUGAUCUAACCGGUCAGAUAUGGUUGGGUUGGGGAUUUAUGAGGUCUAAUAGUUGCAGUUGCAGUUGCAGAAUGAUUUGGGAUACUCAUUCAGGACCACAUGAUAUGGGAAAUGGCACGAUUGAAUGGGAACGGCGUGGUUGGGUUUCAAAUAGGAGCAGAUUCAUUUAUCUUUGACUAUCUAUCUAUCUAUC